CGCCUUGGACCAGUCUCCACGCGUGAAUAUCCAUUUUGACGUGGGUCACGUGGCCGCCACAGCAGGGAUGUGUCACAUGACCCGCAUCAAAUCGGAUGGAGACAGGAGCGAAGAAGCAGGCAAGUAUGCUUCCCUCAGCAGGUUUGGUGACUUGGAGGAUCUGACAGAAAGGCCCCUGAAGGUGAACAACGCCUUUAAAUCCACAACAGAGCAAGCACAGACUAAAGCGGACACUUUUUGGCCUCUGUCAGGGGUCUAAACAUGGCGACUGUGAUAAACACAGAGUUGGAUCCAGUUUUUUUGAAGGCACUUGGUUACCUCCACUCUAAGAGCAAAGAUUCUGCUGAAAGACUGAAGGCUUUACUGGAUGAAUCUCUAUGCAAGGGCAUUGACUCUGGGUAUCGGCCUCCACAAAAGGACUUUGAGCAGUCUAAAGUGACACUGCCAAAACCGAAGCCAGAUGUUAAGCCUAACAGUUCUACCUCAGGAAGCAUCCUGAAACCACUGCCAACAGAGAAGGUGAAGAAAGAGGCAGAGAAGAGGUCAUUGGAUAAGAUGAAGGGGGAUGUUAGUGACCCUGUUGAUUUGCCAAAGAAACCUCGCUUGGAGAAACCAGAGGCACGCUCCUCUCCAAUCACUGUGCCGAACAUUAAGGACAUGCCUGAUCUCUCCAGCUUUGAUGAAACUAGUGCCGAUGACUUUGCCAUGGAGAUGGGUCUCGCCUGCGUAGUCUGUCGACAGAUGACAGUUUUUUCCGGUAAUCAGCUGGUAGAAUGCCAGGAAUGCCACAAUCUCUACCAUCAAGAUUGUCACAAACCUCAAGUCACAGAUAAGGAUGUGAAUGACCCACGCCUGGUCUGGUACUGUGCACGCUGCACUAGACAGAUGAAGAGAAUGGCACAGAAAAACCAAAAGCCUCCGCAGAAAUCUUCACCCUCAGCAGCUUCUGCUACACUGCUGGUCGUAAAGGACCCAUCCGUCAGCAAACCGGAGAUGAAGCCCAAAGCAGAUUCCACAAACACAUUCUUAGCUUUCAAAAGGACAGAAGUUAAGGCAUCAUCUGCAGCAUCUGGGAAUGCCUCCAGUUCUGGAACAUCAUCCUCGGCUGCCAGUGGUCUUACAGGGUGGGCAGCGUUUGGAGCAAAAACUGCUUCUGCAGCAAUUGCCUCCUCUAAACUAGGUAACACAACCCAGGCUGCUGCUGCUCCCCCUGCUGGUAAGCCCCCCGCACUGUCGGCAGCUCAGAAGCCCAUGGGAUCAAGUAGCUUGACACCCGUAAAAACAGGAUCUGCAUCGAAGCCAGGAUCUGGGAGCAGCAGUACAAAUUCUGCUCUGUUAAAACCCUUGCCGCCUCUCAUAUUGGGAAAGACUGGUCUCAGCCGUACCAUGAGCAAUGAGAAUGUCAGCAAAACAGGCCUUCCAAGUCCAAGCAUAAGUUCUUCUGGGGGUAGCAUCAGCAGCCAGCUAAGCAGUGGUAAUGGAGGAGGCAGCUCUGCAGGCAGCAGCGGAAGCUCUGGUAGUAAAGCUCCUGUAGAUCCCAGUUCUCAGCCGUCAGGGGCCAAAGGUCCUACGUCUCAAGAAUCCCAGUUAAAUGCCAUGAAGCGACUCCAAAUGGUUAAAAAGAAAGCUGCUCAGAAAAAACUGAAGAAGUGAACACGUGGAAGGACAGACUACAACUAAGAACUGUAUUGGUGGAAUGAGAUGUUGCUGUACAACAUGAAUGUAGUAAAAUGACAUUCUGAAAACCAUUUCUCUCAUUCCUGUAGUGGACUUUAUAAGAAGCAGCAAUGGAGGGAUUACCAUUGGUAUUGUCCAUAGCAACCCUUAGCCCCAGUUCUUAGAAAUAUCCUUUGAAGCGUCUGUGCCAUUCACACAAGCGUUUUUUGCG